AUGCACGAGUGUUUACCUAGAGGAACCGUUCAGGUCCAGAAGAGUCCUGCGCCUCCUGCCAAGCCCGACAAACCAAAGUCCAGAGGCUUCAGGAACACGCUGAGGAACCUGAGAGACCGACUGAGAACAGACCACAAAACUCUGGCUGCAGCUCGUAGUGAACCUGUAGCACAGAGAAGACACGUGGAGCGCAGCGAUUUACAAAACUUCAACAUCAAGGAGCUGAACGCCCUCUGUGUGUCUCUCAGACAGACCAUCCAAGACCUGAGCUCAGACCUGGUGGGUCGGCUGCAGACCAGGGACCAGCUGAGGACGGAGCAGGACGCCAUGCUGCUGGAGGUCCAGGACCUGACGUCACUGUGAACCUGCCGAUCGCUCCCAGCUCAAGUCCACCUUGUGGAGCAUUUGAACAUUGUUGAAUCAGACGGUGCAACAGUGUCCUCCACAAACAUCUCAGUCAGGCCCUCCCACUGCCGGCCUGACCAGCCAAUCACUGUGAAGAGUGUCACUCCCUUAAAGGACCAGGACAUUCAGUUGCAUAGUAUUUUUUAACGUUAUUGACUGUGUUUUUAUAUUUAUAAGGGAAAAGGGAGUGUCCACCAGCAGUGGUUUAAAAAAACUCCCAGUGUGGUCUAGAUGUCAGAGCCGUACGGUACGGUUAGCAACUGAAACUGAGCUGGACACAACAGCCAGACAGUGGAUGGAUGGAUGGAUGGUGGCCUUAAAGGCACACACUUAGGGAAAUAUGCUUCUUUGCCCUCUGAUUAGAGGCUCAGCACCAGAUUCAUCUCCACUGUGUCCACAGCAGAUUCAGGUCUAGGUCAUGUUAACCCAUUGAAGCCUGGAAAGCGGAUACGUCGUUUUGUAGUAUUUGUAUAAGCUCUCAAAUACUUUUUGAAUUUCAUUUCUAUGUUACGGAAGCCCUGAACCGCAAGUGAAGACACUU